AUGUGGCACUUGGCUAAUAAGGUGACGCCCUGCACAGGCAACACAUUGUCAGGUGGAAGAGGAGACCCAGACAGGCCGAGGGAGAGGUUUACGGUCUUUUCUGUCCUCCCAGCCAUGGAUAGGAAGCAAGAGCAAGCAGAGAAGGCCAGGCCCUGUGGCCUGCUGAAGCCGACAGCAUCUCUAGGCAAGAUCCUGGGCAGAAUCCAGCUCCACCAGGAAGCACUGCCCCCCCUGCCCGUGCCACCACUCCAGCAGACCCUGGACAGGUACCUGCUGACCCUGCAGCCCAUCGUGAGCCAGGAGGAGCUGAACCACACGCAGGAGCUGGUGGCCGAGUUCCGCAAGCCGGGAGGCGUCGGGGAGAGGCUGCAGAAGGGCCUGGAGAGAAGAGCCAAGAAAACAGAGAACUGGCUCUCAGACUGGUGGCUGAAGACAGCUUACCUGGAAUAUCGCCUGCCAGUUGUGGUCCACUCCAGCCCAGGUGUGGUUUUACCCAAGCAGGAUUUUCUGGAUCGACAGGGUCAGCUCAGGUUUGCUGCCAAGCUGAUCGAGGGCAUCCUGGAUUUCAAGUCCAUGAUUGACAAUGAGACCCUUCCAGUGGAGUACAUGGGUGGGAAGCCCCUCUGCAUGAACCAGUACUACCAGAUCCUCUCCUCCUGCCGCAUUCCCGGGCCCAAGCGGGACUCCAUUGUCAACUAUGCCAAAGGCAACAAGCAGUCCAGGCACAUCACAGUGGUUCACAACUUCCAGUUCUUUGAGCUGGAUGUUUACAACAGUGAUGGAUCUCCCCUGACUGCCGAGCAGCUCUUCAUCCAGCUGGAGAAGAUAUGGAACACCUCCCUCCAAACAAACAAAGAACCUAUUGGGAUCCUCACCACCAACCACCGAAACAGCUGGGCAAAAGCCUACAACAACCUCCUGAAAGACAAGACCAACAAGGAGUCUGUGCGUGCCAUUGAGAAGAGCAUCUGCACCGUGUGCCUCGAUGCCCCCAUGCCCCGGGUGUCCGAGGACAUCUACAACAGCCGCGUGGCCGCGCAGAUGCUGCACGGCGGCGGCAGCCGCUGGAACAGCGGCAACCGCUGGUUCGACAAGACCCUGCAGUUCAUCAUUGCUGAAGAUGGCUCCUGUGGUCUCGUGUAUGAACAUGCUCCCUCUGAAGGUCCUCCCAUCGUUGCUCUUCUGGAUCAUGUCGUGGAGUUCACGAAGAAACCCGAGAAGGCCAGAUCACCAACGGUUCCUCUGCCAAUGCCCAAAAAGCUGCGGUUUAACAUCACCCCAGAAAUCAAGAAUGACAUAGAGAAUGCAAAGCAAAACCUCAACAUAAUGGUCGAAGACCUGGAUAUCAAAGUCAUGGUCUUUCAUCACUUUGGGAAAGGCUUCCCCAAGUCAGAGAAGAUAAGCCCUGAUGCUUUUAUCCAGCUGGCCUUGCAGCUGGCGUACUACAGGAUGUACGGCCACGCCUGUGCCACGUACGAGAGCGCGUCGCUGAGGAUGUUCCGCCUGGGCCGCACCGACACCAUCCGCUCCACCUCCGUGGACUCCCUCAAGUUUGUGCAGUCCAUGGACAGCCCUGACAAAUCGGACCAGGAGAAAGCAGACCUGCUGAGGAGAGCCACAAAGGCCCACAGGGAAUACACAGACAUGGCCAUACGGGGCAAUGCCAUAGACCGGCACCUCCUCGGCCUGAAGCUCCAGGCUAUUGAGGAUCUCGUGAGCAUGCCAGAGCUGUUCAUGGACACAGCCUAUGCUGUUGCAAUGCACUUCAAUCUCUCAACCAGCCAGGUCCCAGCAAAGACAGACUGCGUGAUGUGUUUUGGUCCCGUGGUUCCAGAUGGCUAUGGAAUCUGUUACAACCCCAUGGAAGAACACAUCAACUUUGCAAUUUCAGCCUUCAACAGCUGUGCCGACACAAACGCCGCCCGCAUGGCACAUUAUCUCGAGAAGGCACUGCUAGACAUGAGGAUCUUGCUCCAGGCUGCUCCCAAAUCCAAACUGUAAGAGGCAAACAUGAUGCAAACCCCCCCCCUAGUUAAAGGGGCUAUGCCUCAUGCGCUGAAGUUCCCAAUUCCUCAGACAAUAAUUGAGAGAACAGCUGCCCCUGGAACCUAGGAAGGCUUCUAUCAUUUGCUUUCAUCAAGAGGUUACACAACAGUCACCCGCAGAUAGCAGACUCUGUAGUGAAAGGAAACAGUCUCAAGCCAAAGUAGAGCUGACUGGUCCUCUCCCGUCAAUGCAAAGUGCACCUUCCUGUCCUCAAAGAGGACUCAAAUAUGAUUUUUACAAAACUUACUAUAAAGGAAUACAGAAAGCACAGUCCUUACCAGUAUCUAAAUCCAUUUGGUGAGGAAGGUAGUUCUCCAGGAAAAGCAGGGAAUGUUUAUUGUGUGAUGCAACUACUAAGUCUUCCGAAGAGCGUCUUUCAAACUUGACUGAAGGUUUUUCUGCUGCUCCAGCAAAACUUCACCACUGAACUUUGGCAAGGGGAGAAAGAAGUUAAGCCAGAGCAGAUCCAGCCUUGUUAGAGUGCACUGCACUACUAAUCCCAGGCACUCCAACCAGUAUCUGCUUUACAGGAACAUUCCCUUCCCUUCAUUUUAGGACACUGGGAUCUCCCUUCUGUUGCACUGACCUUAUUAACAACAGAACAUGACUCGCUGCAAACUAAGGUGGUUUUUAUUGGUGGUUUUGUUGUUGUUGCUCUGGGCUGUUUGUUAAGCUUGCUGCUGUGGUCCUGCCAUUGAUCUUCCAGCUCAGCCUAAAGCUUUUUCCCCCACAAAGCUUCUAUGAAACUCCUCUCACAUAGGUUUUGCCAGCUUUGGCUUCACAUCUGCAGAGAUGAGAAGAGAUUGUCCAUGCAUUCAGCAGGACACUUGCUAAGCUUUGUACCUUUCUUUGGAACUGAGGAAAGGAAAAAGAUGCUGACUCUGCCUACCAGCCAUAAGGCCACGUGCCUCAUCUCCUUCAGGACUCACAUGUUUAUACCUUGCUUUCAGAAACAGCCUUUUUGUGCAGACUGUUAUGCCUGAGCUGUGGACAAAUAAGGACAUUUCUGAUCAGGAACUCCAAACAUUCUUCCAUUUCUGGCCCACAGAGUUAAAAUCUGUUAAGGGCCAGAGGAAAAACAGCUGCAGAAUCACCCUUCUUUCACACCACUCGGCUUUUAACAAGGCAGAAAACCUUGAAAAGCUGGGAACACGUGGACACUGUAGAUGUUUGUGCACUGUGGCAGCCACUGUUCCUGCAGUAUCAGCACCUUUCCUGCCACUCUUGGGAGUUAUUUCUUACUGAAAUAUUACUCCAAUUUGUGUCAGCUUUAUUCUGUAAGAGAAUGAUCUCAUGAUCAUGUUUUCGUGUUCGGCUGACAAACUUGAGACAGUAAAAGAUGAUAUAUAAACAUUAACAUACAAUGGUAGCAUAGGAACUACCUCCAACCAAUCCUGCCAGAAUCCAAGUUCCUGACUACACUUUCAUUUAGUAAAACUCUAUGGUAAUAAGGAAUUCUAGUGCUGUGUCUGCAACAGGAAUUCUGUAUUUAAAUUGCACACCCUUCAAGAUAUGUCUGCUGGGACAUCAUCAUAGACAAGAAGCAUUAGGAGUGUGAGGGCCUGUUUCUUUAACAGGGAAAUAAUUGCAAGGGACAUGAUCAAAGUGCCUUGGUGAACAAAAAUGAAGAAAUUUGCACUAAAUGCUUUGGCAUUUUUUUCCUGAAAGGAUGUUAUUUCAAAGCUUCUAUCUUAUACUUAAACCUUAAAGAAGAAAAUUUAACUGAAACUCACCUGCACAGCCAGUGAUUGUAUAAACUGUCACUUUUACAUCAUCUACAUGGGUUUAGUUGAUCUUUUAGAAGAAUCCUGAAUGGAGUGAGACAGCCUCAAGACACGAAUAGGAGCACUACAAACCUGCAAGCACACACCUCUCUGCUCUGUCAACUCCUCUGUAUCAAUCAGACAGAAAACUGCAAGAGGAUAACUCAGUAUUAUCAAACUCUAAAUGACUGUGUAAAUAACUACAGAAAAGAUCAAACCUUACUGGAAUUACAUCUGGUUUUAUGGAGCCUUUCACGUGGUAAAAAUACUCUUUUGCCAAAGUAAUCCUGCCCCCAUACUGAAUCAGCCUCUGUUGCCAGGGGAUGAGUUAUUUUUCCAUGUCUGCAAUGCCUUCAAGCACAAGUAGUGCCACUGAAGUAUUUGAGACUGGUCCUUUUCACUUCUGUCUCAAAGGGGGAAGGCUCUCCAAGGAAAGUGCCUAUUAAAGAUUAAGCAUAAGCAUGUGCUGCUGUGACUGUACCUCAGAAGAUGGGAUUGAUCUAUCCUGGAUCUAAAUCUGGAUAUCCCACUAGCUUCAGCAGAGUACAGCUGCAAGGAGCAGACUGUCCCACUGAAAGAGAUACAAGAUUCAUAACCCACUUAAUGCAUCCUUACUGAUACACAGAGCUGAAAUUCUGAUGAAUGAAGCUGAUUUUUGGAGUGCUUGAAAGGACGCUGCUAAAAUCAUUACAAGGUUUUUCCUUUAAAAAGCCUUUUCUUAUUGUACAAGUUCUAAAAUGUGAUGUCCUUCUGGUUCAUACCCUUUAAAUUUUUUCAGUGUUGACUUAAAACUGUUCUCCCUGUUUCUGAUUGUUUUAUCAAGAGAUUGUCUUAAAGGCAAACAAGGUACAAGAAACUAAAGCUCCAGAAAAGCUACCGUUUUGGAACAAAUAAUUUAAGGAAUUCAUAGACUGAAAACAUUCGGAUAACUCUUGGGGUCUGAGUGCAAUUUCUGAUACAGCCUGGUAGUGUUGCAUGCUUUGCUGGUUAGCUGUGUUAAAAUCCUGUUUGGGUAAAGGGAUCCAUGUCAUGUAAAGUUUGGAACCGUUCGUUGAAUAAACUGAAACACAAUAAACAGAUAAGUGCUACAAAAA